AUGGCGUCGAAAAAAGCGAGCGGUACACUGCCACCACAACAACAAGUCGUGCAUAAAGUGAUUAUGGUCGGAACCGGAGGUGUCGGAAAAUCGGCUCUCACGCUGCAAUUUAUGUAUGAUGAGUUUGUCGAGGAAUACGAGCCGACGAAAGCAGAUUCGUAUCGAAAAAAAGUGGUUUUGGAUGGAGAAGAAUGUUCGAUUGAUAUUCUCGAUACGGCUGGACAAGAAGACUAUUCGGCUAUUCGUGACAACUACUACCGAAGUGGCGAGGGAUUCAUCUGUGUCUUCUCAAUUCUCGAUAUGGAGUCGUUCGAGGCGACCAACGAGUUCCGUGAACAAAUCCUCCGCGUCAAGAAUUCCGACAAUUCGGUGCCAAUCGUCUUAGUCGGAAAUAAGGGAGAUAUGCGUGAACAACGUGUCGUCCCAGCUGAAUUGUGUCGACAACGUGCCGAGCAAUGGGGAGUUCACUACAUUGAGACAUCUGCAAAGAGACGAGAGAAUGUUGAUAAGGUAUUCUACGAUUUGAUGCGUGAGAUGAAGCGUCGAAAGGGCGGCGCCGCCACCCAAAUCGGAAUCGACGCCACCGCGAAUUCGGGACGCAAAAAGCGAUCGGGAAUCAAGAAGCAUUGCACUAUUCUCUAA